AUGAAUUUCUCAUCCCUGAACACCUCUUUGCCUGCGGGUGGAAACCAGCGGGACAUGUUCACCACCGCUGUGACCAAGAAUGUGAUCGUCACAGCGCUCUGCAUCUGCAUCAACUACAUCAACGGUACGCUGGUGCACACCUUCAGGAAGCACCAGAUCUUCACUUCAAACCCUCGUUACAUCCUCUUCAUCCACCUGGUGCUAAACGACAUGAUGCAGCUGAUCCUGUCCACCCUCCUCCACAUCAUCAGCUACGCCCUGUACACCAUCAACGUGUCCUUCUGCAUCGUCCUGCUCAUCAUCACCAUCCUCGCCACCCUCAACACGCCGCUCAAUCUGGCCGGCAUGGCGGUGGAGUGCUACAUCGCCGUCUGUAUCCCCCUCCGCCACGCCCACAUCUGCACGGUGAAGAAAACCUACAUCCUGAUCGGUCUGAUCUGGGUCGUGAGUUCUUUCUCCAUCCUGCCGGACCUCUUCAUCCUGCUCGCCACGGAGCAGCCUCAGUUUUUUCUCUCCAGGCAGUUUUGUGCCAGAGAUUUUGUGUUCAGAAGCACGUACAGUUUACAAAAAAGGGACGCGUCGCACAUCGUUUGUCUCACCUUCGUUUGGCUCAUACUCUUCUACACUUAUUUCAGGAUUCUGUUCGCUGCCAAAGGAGCAACUUUAGGCAUUAAAAAAGCCAGAAACACGAUCCUGCUGCACGGUCUACAGCUGCUGCUGUGUAUGCUCACGUACGUCAGACCCAUGUUUGAACAGGGUCUCCUCUACAUUCUGCCCAGUCAGCACCUGGCCGUACGCUUCGCCUGCUACGUCAUCGUGCAGAUCCUACCACGCUUCCUCAGCCCCAUCGUCUACGGACUACGAGACCAGAUGUUCAGGAAGUAUGUGAAGAGGUACCUGCUUUGUAGAGUGAGCAUCAGAAACCACCCAGAGACCACAUCCAACACGAGGCGGACUCUGAAGCUGCAGUGA